AUGGGUGGACGGAUUGUUGUCAUAGUAGUAGAAGAGGUCGAUUUGCUCUUGCAUCCAUCCAUGCCGCACUCGCUCGCGCCCAAUCGAAUGGGCACGCGUGUCAAGUGUGGACCCAAUGAUCAUUUCUUUGUCACAAGGGAACACAAAUUUGAUGAAUGA